AAGAUUUCCUUCCACAAUACUCAUCUGUGUUCAAAAUUGCCGCUUUGCAGCAAAACCUUUUACGGUGACUUGUAACUAUCAUGUGUUAGCAACAGUAUUUGCUCUACUGAUUUAUCAUCAAGAUUUUCAUGUCACAGAAGUACUUCAAAGAACAUCUUCCUUCACUCGACACUUGUGUUUGUUUUGCUUAGCGCAUAAUUUACAUUCUCUUGGAUAGCAAAACUUGUACUUCUCCGCCUUGGAUUAUUAACAGGCCUUAGAAAUGGACUAAAACCUCCGAACGGAAGUAAUCUAUCCUAGUUCAAGCUGUGAGAAUUGGAAUUCUAAACCUUUCUGCCAUGUUGUAACGAGGUUACGAUGCGGCGAUGGGGUGGACUAAAGAGUUGUUUCUCGGUAGAGUGCGAGGGCAAUGGUGACAUGGCUGUUUUAGAUCUGCGGCAUUGCAAUCUAUCUUCCGUGCCAACAGAUGUCUUCAGGGCUGAGCCAAACUUGGAAGAAAUUUACCUGGAUGCUAAUCAGAUUAGAGAAUUACCAAGGGCGUUGUUCGGGCUGCACAGUUUACACAUCCUUGGCUUGAGUGAUAAUGAAUUAACUGUGUUACCAUCAGCUGUUUCAAACUUAACGAAUUUACGAGAAGUUGACAUCAGCAAGAACGGUAUAAUUGAUUUGCCAGAAAGUGUGAAAAAUUGCAAAUGUCUGGAGCAGUUUGAUGCGAGCGUGAAUCCAAUCGGAAAAAUUCCGGAUGGCUUUACCCAGCUAUUAAAUUUGACACAUGUCUAUUUGAAUGAUGCGUUUUUAGAUCGUCUGCCAUCUAAUUUUGGAAGGUUAUCAAAGCUCAAGGUUCUUGAACUGAGAGAGAACCACUUACGGUCCUUGCCAGAGUCUAUGUCAUAUUUUACACAACUAGAAAGACUUGAUAUUGGAAACAAUGAAUUUAUUGAACUGCCAACAGUUGUUGGAUGCUUGGUCAAUCUUAAAGAACUCUGGAUGGAUAGUAAUGGUGUAAGAGAGCUUCCCCCAGAAAUAGGACUCCUUCGACAGCUUUUGUUUCUUGAUGUUUCCAAAAACCAGCUGGAGCGUCUUCCACCAGAAAUAGAAUGUCUUCAGUCCCUCACUGAUCUUUAUUUGUCCAACAAUCUGUUACUUGAGUUACUUGAAAACAUUGGUUCCCUUGGAAAUUUACAGACACUUAAACUUGACGAGAAUCACCUUGUAGAACUUCCAGCCAGUAUAGGAAGAUUGUCCAAUCUUGAAGAACUUGUGGUAAAUCACAAUGAAUUGGAGAGUUUACCAUCUUCUAUUGGAUACUUGAGGAAACUACGUAUCUUAUAUGCUGAUGAAAACUUUUUGGAGGCAAUCCCAUUAGAGUUAGGUAGCUGUAUAUCAAUGACUAUACUAUCAUUACGCGACAACAGGAUUGUGCGAAUCCCUGAUGAUAUUGGUCGCAUGCCAAACCUUCAAGUUAUGAACCUUGCAUGCAACAGAUUAGAAUGUUUGCCAUAUACUUUCAGAAAGCUGACCAGUUUAAAAGCUCUAUGGCUUUCAGAAAACCAGUCCAAGCCAAUGGUUCCUCUACAGUCUGAUUUUGAUCAUGGAACUCAGUCACAUGUGCUGACAUGCUUUAUGUUUCCACAAGAGCCUCCUGCUGACGAAGUUCCUUCAGAACAAUACAGUGAGGAUUCGGCAGGCAGCAUUCCAGCCUCUCUACUUGAAGAACAAAUCAGGCAAAGAUCUUCCAUUGUGUUCAACAUUGAUGAAGAUGACUAUUUGUCACGGUUAGCCCGGUAUCAAUCACCUUAUCCCAAAGAUGUGAAGGAUCGUGCAGUGCAAUAUCUUGCAAGCAGACGGCAGCAACAACAACAGGAGACAGAGGUAACCCAACCUGUAUUACCCUCACAGCACCAGUGUCAUCAGCAAGAACGGCACCAGUAUAGAUACCAGUAUCAGCACAGAAAACCUCACUCGUCUACAGAUUUGAACAGUACACAACAGCAGCAACAAGCCGGUCAACAGCAACCCGUGACAGUGGUGGUACAGUCAGUAGAUCGUAGCCAGCAGCCGCAGUUAUUAAGGCCUCAAGAGGUGCGUACAGUUGAGGUGCCCUGGUAUGAAGAUCAGAUUCAAAGCCCUCCGACUCAAACCUCAGAGCAAAGACAAGGUCAGCCAGUGGCAGUUGUCAAUAACUCACUGAGCAGCAAUCAAAGAUUGAUAUCGACUGGUAUCGCCCAGCGAGGCAAUACGGUGAGUGGCCCUGGUAAUCAAAACAUGGAACCACAGCACGUGAGAGGAAGACAGGCGGUUGUGAGGAGUAUACCGGGAGAACGUCUUAUCGGGGGACAAGCUGCUAUUCAAGAGGAACCAGUCAAUCGCACCCCACCUGUGUAUCAACCACCCCCACCCUACACCCCAAGGGAAAACCGAGUCUCUCCUCCCCUACCCCCUGAGGGUGACCGCAGGCCAUCAGUGGAAACACAGCAUUCAUUCCGGGAAGAAGUUCCCAGCUCUCUGUCUUCAUUUCACGGACGUCCAGGUGCACGACUGUGGAGUAGUUCCACAGGGACACCAGACGCGGGACAAUUAGGUGAAAUGCACUCAUUUAACGAGCAAGAACCUAGUUUUCUUCAAGGCCCUUUAAGGCCACCAUCGUAUUACGAAGCUACAAAUCAGUCCGACAGAGUACCUCUUGGAGGUGUUGUCCACCACGUCAUGAAUACCUCACAAGGUGUCAACAGUGCAGUUAUUACGAAUGGAACUAAUAUAAAUGAAAGAUCGCCCCCUCCUCAGUACUCGGUCCAGCCGGAAGUAAUUACGGAACUUCCGGUUCGGCAGGUGUUACCGGAACCGGAAGUUCCCUCAAGCGUUGGCAGGCAGCCAAUUGCUCAAGUUAGACCGGGAAUGAAUGGUUCGCAGAGAUUUGACAUUUCGCAGGAAGACGCGCAGAGAUUCGAGAACAGAGUUCGACAGCUUCAGCGCGAAAGAGCGAUGGAGCGUGGAGAAGUUAGCGUUGACGGAACACGAGCGAACGUCGGAGACAAUCGGAGACCUCACGAAGUUGCCCCGACGAUACCUCGAGUUCUCAACAGGAGUAAUUCGUCUGAGUCUCGCAAUUCUGAACAAUCUCUGCAUUCAUCACAAGACGACGAUGAACCUGUCGAUAAUGACCCAACAAUAGAACUGCUUCAAGUAGAAGUUUACAAGAAUCCUAAUCUUGGCUUCAGUAUAGCUGGUGGAAUUGACUCCGGUUCAAAUCCCUUUCACCCUAACGACAACAAGAGCAUAUAUGUCACGAAGGUUCAACCUGAUGGGCCAGCAUCGUACGGGCUCAUUCCUGGAGACAGAAUUCUAGAGGUCAAUGGAAUCAACCUGAGACGCGUGACUCACGAGAAAGCUGUACUCUUUCUAAAACACAACCAAGUUGUGAAUCUGCUUAUUGCGAGAAAGAAAGAGCAACCUUCUUGAGAAACGCAGUCGAACGAAAUGUCAAAAAACCUAUGGUUGUAGUAGGAUCUUUCAAACAAGACGAAGUACGGCACAGCAAACUGCGAUGCAAGGCAACGCUGCAAUAAUCGAUUGAGUCUUUUGGAACACUGAGUAGUUCCGUAAAGCUCAAAAAGAGCAAAGAUUUGUCACGCUUCAAGAGCUAAGUUGGCAUUGCCUCGCGCUCACUUCGCAUCGUCACGCAACGCUUCUGCGUAACGCAACAAGAAGACUUAGGAACGUUAUCAUUAACUUGAAACUGCAAAUGCACUAAGGAUCCGUUUUCUUGGAAAUAAAAGAUUAGAAAGCGAAAAUCGUACUGAGCUGCAGAUUUCAGUUUUAAUUAAUCGACGCACUUUUGGAAAACAGUUCCUUUGGUUCCGAGCGUUAAAAUUUUAAUGAGAUGUAUGGAGGCUCAACAAUGCUAUGACAAAAUGGGCCCAUUUAGGGUUCAUAAAUGAUAACAGCUGUGGGUUCCUUAGCGUAUGUCUAUCCGUCCCUUCAGAUCCAGAUCUGUUACCAGAUCUUUGCUUUACUAACUAGGAGCAGAGACAGCACGUAACAUAGCGUGUUUCCCAGCCUCGUUUCAGUACAACGAGAAAUCAGCUGUUAGCAGGGCAUACCGUGCUCUCCUUUGCAGCCGUUUUUAAAGAUGUCACGCAACGAUCCCCCAAAGAGAGGGUUGCGUGACAUCCAAAAAACGGCUGUGAAGGAGUUUAAUUAGGCAUAUCUUGGUCUCUGGUAGCUUAGUUCUCAGAGGAAAGCGACUUCUGUGGAGAAAACGGCUGAAAUUUUGGCUAGCUUUUUACGGUUUCUCGUGCUUAACAAUGGUGAUAUCUCCUGGUAAUUCACUACCCUGGAGCCGACAAAUAAAAUACAGAAACGAA